AUGAGUGGAAAUAUGUUUGAGGGAAAGGAUUACCCAACCCAGUGGGCACUAAAUCCUUCCGCUUACCAAAAUAUGAGUAAUGACCAAGUCGACUGGGCAGCAUUAGCUCAGCAAUGGAUCAAAAUGAAAGAGACUGUAGUGCCACCGGCACCACCUCCGCCUACUAUUAAUCCUAUAUGUCCUGGGACUGAUGGUAGCGGAGAAGCUCCCAUGGAUAUGGAUACAAAAGAAGACGAUGUACCACCAGCACCACCUGCACCAACAAUCAGUGGAUCAGCUGAAGCUUGGAAUCAGUGGAAUCAAUGGGGCCAUUGGAAUACCUCAGGUUCUGGUGCAGGUACUUGGGAAUGGACUGGUGUACCUCCCCCUGGGGUUUCUAUAGGUUCUGAUGGGAAACCUAUGGGAAUUCCUACAGUACCAGUUAUUCCACCUGCUCCAACCAUAUCUACAACAUCAGAAUUUAGUGUACCACCUCCAGCAGCACCAUCGUUGUAUUCUUAUAAUUCAGUACCUCCAACACAACCUUAUAGUCAGGUGACUAGUUAUUGGUCUGGAGAACCACCUACUACAAUACCUCCUCAGCCACCUCCUUUCAUGAAGGGGGUCAGACAUGCAAAUAGAACGCCACAUAUAAGGCCCAUGGACACUGUAAGGUGUCGAGAGGAUAGGGAAAAGACACCUGAGGAGGAUACUACAACAACCAUAGACGCGGCAAAGCGUAGACAAUUGCCAGCAUGGAUUAGGGAGGGUUUAGAAAAAAUGGAAAAAGAAAAACAGAAAGCUGUUGAGAGGGAAAGGCAGGAGAUACUGAGGAAACAGGAAUUAGAGGCCCGAAAGCAAGCCGAGGACGAGGCUCGGGCAGUACUGAAUCCUUGUAAAAGCAAAUUUGAUUCUGAUUCCGAGAAGGAAACAGAACAAGAUGUUGACGAGGGAAUACGUAGUCAACAGGUGACUGAGAAAAAUUUCGAACGUACUCCAGACAUUCUUCUUCGUCCGCGGAAGUCACGAUUUCGCGACGCAGGCUCGCCUGACGCUCAUACGCAUACAGACAGAAGCCCAACUACUUCUAACACUGCUAUAGCCGCGCCAAAGCGAUCUAGAGAGGAGAUACUGCAGGAUGUGAUGUUAAAGGUACGGAGAUCGUUGACGGAAAUUCUUCUGGAGGUAACGAACGAAGAAAUCGGUUCUAUAUGCAGAGAGGUUUGGAGCCGCGCACGUGCCAAAGUCCCUGCAGGAGAGACCCCCGUCGCAUCCCUCAACAACAUGGCCCCUCUUGCUCAGAUCACUCGUAAACUUGGUCUGGGCAUCUAUGGCGACAGCAACAGCGAGUCUGAGGAGGAGCAGAACGACCACGUCCAGGCUCAAAACAAUGACAGCGAUGAGGAGCUCAUUGAAACCUUAAAACGGCGGCAGCAAGCGUUCAAAAAGACGGAAGAGGAAAUCGAGGCGCGUCUAGCAGAGGAGGAUGAGAGGGAAGAGCAACGUUACGAGGAGCAGUACAAUAAGCAACAGGAAAAUCAUACUGGUAAUACAAGCUGCAAGGACUCAGUUGAUGAAAAAGAAACGGUAAAUAAUCAAAGAGAAGCGUCUGAAACUUUAUCGAGCGGCGGACAAAGUCCACAGCAACAAAUCGUGCCGCCUGAUAUGGCAAAGACCAAUACUCCAUCAGGGUCGGCCGAUUCUGAAUCUAGCAGUUCCGAGUCGACGAGCUCUGACUCGAGUCGUAACUCGUUGAAGAAGAAACGAUCGAACAAAGUUCGUGAGCGUGAUUAUCGAAAGAGGAAGUCAAAAAGUAGAAGUAAAUCGAGAGGCAGAAAAACAAGGUCCCGUUCUUCCGAGCGAGGCCACAAACGGAAGUCCAGGUCUAGAUCGAUAAAAUCGUCACGUAAAGAGUAUCGUUCAAGGUCUUCGAGCAAUUAUAGGUCCAGUAAGAAGCACAGAUCGAGAUCGAGAAAUCGUAAACGGCGUAGAUCCCGCUCGAGGAGCUGUCGUCGAUCUAGAUCCAGCUCGAUAGCGAGGAAAUGGUCGCGAUCACGUUCCAGGGGAAAGAGGAAGUCACGUUCCCAUUCGAGAGGUAGAAGAAGAAGUCGGUCCUAUUCAACCAGACGCAGCAAAUCUCGCGGCAGGGAUAAACGAAGAACACGGUCCCGAUCCAGGGGUAGAGACAGGACUCGAUCACGUUCGAAGGAACGUAAACGUUCGGAGUCUUACGUUUCCAGGAGCAAGAGGAGGACUCGAUCUAGAUCUAGAGAUCAUAGAAAAUCACGAUCGAGAUCAAGGCAGUCGAAUCAUCGGGACGGUAAGAAAUCGUCGUCGCAUCGGUACAGGAAUUAAAACACCUGACCAAUUCUUCUCUAGCCAAGGUUGUAUAUACAUAUUCAUAAUUAAGUCACACACUUUUUUCGAGAUAUUCGUACGGAACGACGA